AUGGCGAAGUGUAUAUUUUUUCUUUUACUCAGAGUAAUCCCGUCAAUAGCUGGUUUUGAUUUUUGUUUCAAAAUAUUUGCACCUGAUCAAAUUCGUUUGGCGUCGGCUGGUGACACUGGUGUAAAUGUCGGAUGGCACAUACGUACUUCUCUAUUGGAUUUUUCAGAUCCUCUUACAAAUCCGAUUGUCAUGUUUGAUACUUCACCUACAAAACUUACAUCUAAAUCAGUUUACAUAAAAUCAAGUUCUUAUGAAAGAAAUAUUGGAUUUGGAGUGUCUUGGUUUUACAGUGUUGAACUCCAAGGUCUUAAACCAUCCACUAUGUAUUACUAUCAGAUUGCUGGAUCUGGUUGCGUUUUGUCAUCAUCUAUUCUCAAUUUUACAUCAGCCCCAUUGCUCGGCGAUCGAAGUCGACCAGUGCGUAUUGCUACCUAUGGUGACUUAGGUGUAGAUGGUUUAAUAGGAACUUUCGUUAAUGGUCCGUGUCUUUUCGAACAAGCUUUAAAUGCUUUACAGAAGAAACUAUCAGAAAUAGAUUUUUUCUUACAUCAUGGUGAUAUUUGUUAUGCAGAUGAUACUCCUGUACUUGUUCCUUUGAAAACAUAUGAACAAGCUAUGGAUUAUUGUCAAGCAGCUAUGU